UCGCUACUGUUGUCCUAUUGUAAACUUUGAGCAAAUCUGCAUGUCUUUGAUGUAUUCCCAGAGCUCCCGCCCACUGCAAACCACGCCCCUUCAUACUUGCUCACCACAGGAACUCAUCCUGUUCUCUGUCAGAAACCAUAACAUCAGCAGGCAGUUUGCCUUAAUUUCCAGCAUCAGCCUACGAAGCGUUCCCAAACACAAAGUGUUUGCAAAUAACAGGUGGAGCUCAGCAGGAGGAAGGUCAAGGAUGUCAUUCAUACUGAAGCUUCUGGCUUUUCAGCUAUCUGUGGCUACAGCUGGUUUGAUUUUGGUGUUACAAUUCAGCGAAUUGUCUCAACUUCAGUUCCAAGACUGGUCUGCAUGUGACAGUUGCAUGUCUGAAAACAGCGGCUUGCUUAGCGGUCGUCUGAACCGUUCUGUUGAACCGGUUUUGUCUUCGAAAACAAACCUGUCAGAGGAAGCUUUCAGGUGGUGGAAGCAUUUGCAGAAUGAACGCCGGGACUUCAGGUUCUUCAAAAAAAUGGUCCACAAGCUCUUCCAGAUCUUCCCCCGCAGACCCAAGCUUAGAAAGCAGAGCCCUGACACCUGCAGGACUUGUGCAGUUGUUGGAAAUUCUGCAAAUUUGAAAAGAUCACAUUAUGGACCUCUGAUAGAUUACCAAGACGUUGUUAUAAGAAUGAACUUUGCUAAAAUAAAAGGCUAUGAGGAACACGUCGGGACCAAAACAACCUAUCAUGUCAUGUACCCAGAGAGCGCCAUGGAUUUGCACAACUCCACUCAUCUGGUCUUCUUUCCAUUCAAGAUUAUGGAUCUUGAAUGGCUCAUCAAGGCUUUUACGACAGGAUUCUAUGGAACGUCCUACGCGCCCGUAAAGACCAAAAUCAGAGCCAACAAAGAUUUGGUGAUGGUGAUCAACCCAGAGUUCAUGAAGUAUUCUCAUGAGAAGUGGCUGGAGAAGGAAGGAGCAUAUCCAUCCACCGGCUUCAUGACUUUAAUUUUCGCCCUACACAUUUGUGAUGAGAUCCAUGUCUUUGGCUUUGGAGCAGACAGCGAUGGAAACUGGAGCCAUUACUUUGAAGAGUUGACCGACAAAACACUGAAAACUGGAUCGCACCCUGGAAUUCGUGAAUAUGACAUCAUACAGGAACUAGCUAAAGAGAAAACGGUGAAAUUUUACAAAGGGUCAUGAUAGUGCCCUUAUUUAUUAUGCUUUUAUUAAUCCUGUGUUAUUUUGAUUUUUACUGAACAAAAGUCCAGCUAAGUCACAAAGACUUUUGGAAUAUUUUAACUUUCCAAAUGUCACAUAUCUGUAGAAUGUAUUUUUUGGUUUAACACAAAUAUUUGUAUUAUUUAAUCAUUUUUGUGGUAAUGUGUGACAUAUUGCUUAUCCUAGUCUGCUUUCUGUUUUGUCAUGACAUUUUAUUGUAUAUUUAAUUUUUUUUCUUUGUAAUUUAUUUAAUUUAUGUUUUAAACACUCUAGAAACUGGAUGAUCAUAUCUGGAGUUAUUGUAUUAUUAUUAUUAUUAUUAUUAUUAUUAUUUAUUUAUUUAUUUAUUUUACCAAAUGUUAGAUCUGUUUUAUUAUCCAGUUUGUUGGAUUGAGAAAUUGAGUAUUAGGAGUAGCUUUGAGCUACACAGCAGCUAUAUAAUAAUAUUAGACUUUAUGUAUUAUGUCAGACUUUAAAUGAAGCACUACAGUAAUUUCAGCAACAAGGCAGUUCAAAGUGUUUUACAUCAUAAGAACACACACAAAAAUAC